AUGGGAGUGGGAGAAGUGGUAGUGGUGGCUGUGGCGGUGGUGGCAGAGCCAGCAGCAAGCAGCCCGUGUGCUGCUGCCGAGCACCAUGAAGAGGGUCUUGAGGUUCCUGCGGCGCAGGACGGCCCGGGGGAGCGGGCCACAGAGUUCCACGCGCACCGUGCCAAGCUAUGGAUGUCUGAGCAGGCUGCCAAGUUGCAGGGACACGUGGAGCAGUUGUCUGAGAUUGAAGAGAAGUUGCGUGAGGGCAUCAGUGAGAGGAAUGCAAUCAGCAAGGCCCUGCUUCAGCCCCCCGAGAAUGUCAACGUAAAUAUAGACAAAUUGACCAUGGAGCUGCAGUUGGAGUCCCAGGCACGUCAGCAGCUCGCAGCCAGGACUCAGGAGCUGCAAGGGCUGCUUGAGACUCUUGAAAGGAAGCAGUGUGAGCAGAAGGCACAGGCCCAGAGAAGACACACGGAGCUUAUGAAGAGGAUUGAGCAGGGCGGGCUCCUGACGCUGCCGAGGAGGGAAGCAGGCAGUGUCGGUACGCUCGGUGUCAUGUACUUCCUAAUCCUGCCGGAUUGCUCCAUCGGGCUGGAGAGGCAGCAGAGGGGGGAGCUGGAGGCCAGCCGGCCGCCUCCCGGACCUCGCAGCCACCCCGAGCGAGCCACCGACGGCCACUACGACACGAGGAAACACGUCACCAUGACACUGCUGGACGCCGAGCAGUCCUACCUGGAGUCCUUGCGCACCUUGAUGCAGAAGGCAAAUGGGGGAUGGAGACUGACUGUGGACUACUGUGGCCUGAAUGAAGUGACUCCUCCGAUCAGCGCUGCUGUGCCGGACAUGCUGGAGCUGCAGUACGAGCUGGAAUUGAAGGCGGCCAAGUGCAAGCAGGCCAAGCUCAUGAAGCCUCUGUGGUAUGGGGGGAGAGGGUCGAAAUACAAGCACUCCAUCACCCUGCCUCGGUCUCACAGCGGCAAGCAGUAUGUACUGACCAUGGUGGAGGCAAGAGCUAAAGAGCUGAGGCUGGCGAAUGGCGGCAGGCACUGUGCUGGGAGAGUGGAGGUGAAGCAUCAGGGACAGUGGGGAACUGUGUGUGAUGACUCCUGGGACAUGGAGGAUGCUGCAGUGGUUUGUAGGCAGCUGGGCUGUGGAUCUGCUCUUCAGGCUCACCAGUCUGCAUACUUUGGGCUAGGAUCUGGCCCCAUUUGGAUGAAUUAUGUUAAGUGUAAAGGCAUCGAGUCUGCCCUAUCUGACUGCGCACACAGAGGAUGGGGUCAGCACUAUUGUAAUCACCAUGAGGAUGCUGGAGUGACUUGUUCAGGGUUUGUCCAGCUGGUCGGAGGGGACAGCCCCUGCUCAGGACAUGUGGAGAUCCAUGAUGGGAAUGAGUGGAAAACUGUCUGUGCCUCAGACUUUGAUCUCAACGCUGCCAACGUGAUCUGCAGGGAGUUACAGUGUGGCACAGCCCUGUCUGUGCCUGGGACAGCUCCUUUUGGAGAAGGGGUUGGUCCCAUGUGGGACAGAGAGCUGCAGUGUGUGGGGAAUGAAUCACGUCUUGUCUUCUGCCCCAGGGGAUCCCCCAGGGAGCAGCCCUGCACCCAUGCAGAUGGUGCUGGAGUCAUCUGCACACGUAAGGACUCAGGCUCUGGAGGUGCAAGAGCACCAAGCCAGCCUUUUGCAUCUUUCUCUGUCCCUGAGUUCACAGGGUUCAGGCUGGUGAAUGGCAGCACAGCAUGUGAGGGGAGGGUGGAGGUCGAUGUGCAGGGGACCUGGGGCACCCUCUGUGACUCCCGCUGGGACCUCUUGGACGCCCAUGUUCUCUGUCGUCACCUCAACUGCGGCUUUGCUGAGUCCAUUCCUGGAGGAGGGCAUUUUGGGAGAGGCACUGGCCCAGUCUGGAGAGACUCAUUCCACUGUGAUGGGACUGAAGCCCACCUGGGCCAGUGCCCAGUGAGCACCCUGGGGGCCUCCUUGUGCUCCCAUGAGAAGGAUGCAGCUGUUAUUUGCUCAGGCCCGGCUGGCUCCGGCUCCCUGCGGCUGGUGGGGGGAGGGAGCCGGUGCGACGGACGAGUGGAGAUCUGGCAGCGUGGGACGUGGGGCAGGGUCCUGGAUGAGCAAUGGGACCUGCGAGAGGCCAGCGUGGUGUGCCGGCAGCUGCGGUGUGGAGAGGCAGAGGCAGCCUACAACCCCCCAAAGCCUCAGAGAGGGCUGGGUCCUGUGGGGCUGCGAGGGGUGCGGUGCGCAGGGCACGAGGCCAACCUGCAACUCUGCAACACCUCCCUGGCCGAGAGCCUGCUGGCAGCAGGGAUUGCAGAGGAUGUGGGGGUCACCUGCUGGGGGAGCCGGCAGGUGAGGCUGGCCAAGGGGCCUGGGCGCUGUGCUGGCAGAGUGGAGAUCUACUACCAGGGCAGCUGGGGCAGCGUCUGUGAUGACGGCUGGGACCUGCCCGAUGCCAGUGUCGUUUGCCACCAGCUGGGCUGCGGAGGGGCAGUGAAGGCAGUUGGUUCUGCUCACUUCGGGGAAGGCUCUGGGCAGAUCUGGCUGGAUGGUGUCACCUGCUCGGGGGCCGAAGCUGCUCUCUGGGACUGCCUGGCCAAGCCCUGGGGGCAGCACAACUGUGGGCACAAAGAGGACGCAGGAGUCAUCUGCUCAGAGUUCAUGGCCCUGAGGCUGGAGAACAGCAGCAACUGCUCCGGGCGCCUGCAGGUUUUCUACAACGGGACGUGGGGCAGCAUUUGCUCCAACUCAAUGCCUCCCAAAGCUGUGUCCCUGGCAUGCAAGGAACUUGGCUGCGGGGACACAGGGUACCUGAAAACACAGCUGCCCUCUGCUAAGGUGUCUGGUCCUGCCUGGCUGGAUCGAGUGGAGUGUGGGGAGGGAAACAGCUCCUUCUGGCAGUGUCCCUCUGCUCCCUGGGAGCUGCAGUCAUGUCAUGAUCUCCGAGAUGAGACCCACAUCAACUGCAGUGGGACACAGCCAGAACCAUCCCCUGACCUGGGGUCCCCAUGCCCAGACUCCCGGAGCUGCACAGACAGGGAGAAGAUUCGUGCUGUGGGAGGGGAGCACAGGUGCUCAGGCAGAGUGGAGGUCUGGCUGCAGGGCUCCUGGGGCACAGUGUGUGACGACUCCUGGGACAGGCAGGAUGCAGAGGUGGCCUGCAGGCAGCUGGGCUGUGGCCCUGCAGUGUCUGCCCUGGGCGAGGCUGCCUUUGGGGAGGGGACAGGCCCCAUCUGGCUGGAGCAGGUGGAAUGCCAGGGCACAGAGUUAUCUCUGCAGGACUGCUGGGCCCGGCCUGGGGACAGUGGUGUCUGCCGGCACAAGGAGGAUGCUGGUGUGAACUGCUCAGGUGAGUGGAGGGGCUGGGACCCCUCCCUGGGGGCCAUCUCCUGGGCUCUUUAUGCCAUCUUGGAUCCUCCUGGGGGCAGUGUCUCAGUGCCUGUCAUCAUCUGCAUCAUCCUGGGAGCCCUUCUCUGCCUGCUCCUGGCCAUCCUGGCUGGGCAAGUGCAAAGUGGCAGGGCUGGGCACACAGGUUCCCAGAGCACUUGGGAGGCCUUCCCUGAGGCUGUGUAUGAGGAGAUUGGCUCCAGCCUGGACUGGGAGAAGCAGGAGAGGUUCAGUGGCUCAGGCUCCUAUUCAGAGAGGUCCAUGGCCAAGCCUGGGGACAGCAAGCAGGAGGAUGGUCUGGAGUCAGCAGAAGGUGAGAAGGAGAAUGCACUCCUUUUAUUUCCUGACAUCCUGGCAGAUUCUUGCACGCACUACACACACAUUUUCCACUGA